UUUUGACAUACGAGAGAUUUUCUAAGCAUACAAUGGAAAUACAAGUUUUAUCUAUUGCAACAAAUUGUUUGCUAAACGCUGCUGCCUUAAUACAGCGUAGGAAAAAGAAAAAGACUAAAAAAAAAUAUUCUGCGCAAUGGCUUUUAAAAAGAGAACUGGAAGGAUUUAGCCAUAAACUGUUAAAGGAAAUUGAGUGCGAGGAUUCAAUCCUUCACAAAAAUAUCUUAAGAAUGACUCCAGCUCAGUUUGCAUUCUUAUUAGAAAAAGUACGCCCCUAUAUUAGCAAGCAGGAUACAAAAUUCAGGAACUGCAUAGGAGCUGCGGAACGGCUGCAGCUGACAUUGCGAUAUCUAUCCACUGGUGAAACCCAAAGGUCACUUCAAUUGCCGUUCCGAAUUCAGCAGUCAACCAUUUCCAGAAUUUUAAAGGAAUCAAUUCCCGCAAUAUAUUUGGCGUUAAGGGAGGAGUAUUUGAAAUUCCCUGCAAGUGAGCAAGAUUGGCGUGAUAUUGCAAAAGACUUUUAUCAGAUGUGGGGAUUCCCGAACUGCAUCGGCGCUUUAGAUGGAAAGCAUUGCAGAAUACUGCCAGUGAGGAAAGCAGGAUCUACGUAUUUCAAUUACAAAGGAUACCAUUCAUUUGUAUUGAUGGCAAUCGCUGAUGCCCACUAUCGUUUUAUUUAUGCUGAUGUCGGUGUUAAUGGGAGAGUGGGUGAUGCUGGAAUUUGGUUGAACUCGGACCUGAAAUACGCUAUUGAAAAAAAUGAAGUACAUAUACCAGCCCCAUGCACGCUCCCUUUCAUGUCAACUCCCUCGCCUUUUGUGCUUUUAGCCGAUGAUGCCUUUGCUCUAAAAGACUACUUAAUGAAACCUUACUCUCAUCUAAGACUAUCACCAAGCGAACUUAAAUACAACAACAUACUUUCGAGGAACAGGCGCGUUGUUGAAAAUGCUUUUGGCAUUCUUGCGAACCGUUUUCGAGUUUUAUUUUCACCCAUCCAUCGCGCUCCAGCUGCAGCCAUUCAGAUUGUAUUAUCUUGCGUAUGUGUGCACAACUUUUUAAGAACAGAAAAUGUGAAAAAGAAAACUACGUUUGACGCCAUUUCCGAAAGUGAAAUAGAUGCAAUAAUAGAUAACAACUAUACAACAACCGCUUCUGAAAGAAAUGCGUCAAAAAGGAGCGCUGAAGAAAUAAGAAAAACUUUCGAAAACUAUUUUUCUGCGGUAAAUUAAAAUAUCGUUUCAUUGUUUAAAUAAACCAAAACUUUUCGUGUUGGAAAUUUUCCAUACUAGUAGAAGCAACAAUUGGUUUAUUUGGUGAUUAAAUAAAUGAGUACAAUGUCUUCAA